UUUCAAUACACAUUCCUAUCCAAAUAAGCAAAGCAUAAAUUUAAUAAAAAUAGUCUUUGUUUGAGCUAAGCAUAAGAGUCGCUUAUUUUUCUAAUAUUUUACCACUAUUUUAUUGUGCAAACUUGCGGACAAAGCCUUCCAACAAAGCUUUUGCAAUGACAACACCAACGAGAUUUGCCGUACUGGCACGCACUGCACGAUUACAAUUGAUUCCACCAGCGCAGGCUGAGGUUGGUGUGGAAAGUUCUUCCAUACCGUCAGCACAGGCUGAGCAUGUAGAAAGUACUUCAAUACCGUCAACGCAGGCUGAGCGUGUGGAAAGUACUUACAUAGAGCUGCAUAACUUCACAGUUGCUGCUGGUACGCUUAUUAAAGUAUUACCAGCAUCUGACAUUACGGCACAAGAGCCUGCAGUUGCGUCUACUGUUCAAGUGUAUGUGUAUGAUACAGUGUUCCGCGAACCAGACACCACACGCAUUUUUCAAUGCACUCGCGAUAGUUUGCUGCCAGUAUCUGAUGAUUUGUGGCCUUUUAUAGUUAGCAUACCAGAACCACAACGUCGUUUACAACUAUUGCUUGACCAUGAUCGCUGUGAAUGGCUGAGCAAUGCAAUGCCAGGUGAUUUAGUUUAUGUGCCAAGACGUUGUUUCGCGCAAGAAGGUAAUGUGCGUUACGAUUGUAUUAUUUGCUAUAUUGGCCCAGUGCCGGAGAUACAUCCAGUUGGUUACUUCUUCGGCUUGGAGUUGCUGGAUGAUACGCCUUCGCCACAUGCAACUGACAUACCAUUUACUAGAAGAUAUUUUGAAUGUGAUGCCGAGAAUGCAAUAUUUACCACAGCUGAUCGUAUAAUACCAAUACCGCCAGCGCAGGACGAAGAACCUGAAACAGCUGAAUCUGCGAAUGAAGCACCAGCAGGUGACUGGUCGAUAAUUACAAUGUUUAACAAUGCUCUUGAUAGCAUACGUGCAUCACUACCAAUUUAAAUUUCGUUAUUUUCGUAAUCCCAAUAGUACAUGGGUAUAAGGAUGCCAGUAGAUAAUUUCAAGAGCUAAAACCCUUCUAAAAGUCCUUCCUUGGAGUCAAGAGGCCUUUCACUCUACAUUUCUUUCUUCUUUUGUAUGGAGAGGUACAAAUUCAAGGGCAUCUGCUUUCGCUACCCAUAGAAGUGCAUUUGUAGAACUUACUUAAGAAGGCCUUUUGGUGACAUUUUUCUUAAGCUACUUCAUAUUUUAAAAUAGAAGCUUAUACACUCUCGUAAAUUGUAAAUAGGAAAAGCCCUUCUAGAAUGCUUGCAUAGGACCACUUUUAGAAUGGCUGCAUGGAUUUAUUUGCUGGGGUGAAAACUUGAAUAGUCUAAUCUAUAUUCCUCAAACUUAAAAGUUUUCUAUUAAUUAGAUAUUUUUUCUUGUUUGGUAUUUUUUAUCAUACUUAUGUACAUAUUUAAGAACAUACAUACAUAUAUUCUAUAAGUGAAGUUUUUACAACUCUAUGAGUGCAUAUUUUUUGUCAAAUUAUUGCGUAAUUUUUUAGUUUUUAACAACUGGAAUAUGUUUU